AUGGCCGUGCUCACGUUGAAGAACUUGCCGCCUGAGAUUAUCUCGACCGUCUGCUCACACCUGCCUAACCGCGACAUCAAAAACCUGCGCUUGACUAACAGGGGCGUAUGCAGCACGGCACGCCUGCGUCUCGACAGGGUCUUCUUGUCUCCCAACCCGUGCAAUAUUGACGUCCUGAAAGCCGUCGCAGAUCACCCCGUAUUUAGCAAGGCCAUUGCAGAAAUUAUCUGGGAUGAUGCGAGGCUCGUAAAUGGGCCUCAGGGCGGCGAUUCCAACGACGAAGACAACGAAUGGGAUGAUGGCUCUGAGCCGGAAGAUGAUCCACCGGAGGGCUGUCCUGCUUGGUAUGCCAGAGCCUGUCGUGAUAACAACGAAUGGAUCGAGAUUCGCGUCGGGGACGAUAUCCCGCGUCCAUCUCAGGUCUCUCGAAUGCGCCAGGUGGAGGAGCAGAUGCCACUCAAUCUAGCCUGGGAGUACUAUGAACAGCUCUUGUUACAGCAGGAGGAAAUCCUGCAGUCAGAGGCCGACAUCAAGGCUCUUCACUACGGUCUGGAGCGUUUCCCGUCCCUCAAGAGAAUCACCAUAACUCCUGCCGUUCACGGCCUUUUGUAUGAGCCAGCAUACGAGACUCCCAUGAUCCGGUCAUCCCCCUACGGAUUCAACUACCCGAUACCACGCACCUGGCCGCUCGGCGACUAUGGCGGACCUGUUGGCGGCGACCCUUUCGAGCUGCCGCCUUGGAAUGAGACGGAUCAGUCUCCAUAUCGGGGAUUCAACUGCGUGCUGCGCGAGCUGGCGACGAAUGAACACCACGUCUCGGAAUUUGUUAUCGAUGUCUGCACGCUAAGGACGGGAAUAAACUAUCGAAUCUUUGACGACCCGUCUUGCGUUCAGUACCAACAGCUCACUAAGCUACUGCGCCGACCCGGGUUUCGCCGCCUUGAUCUUCACCUGAAUGCCGACGGAGACUAUUGGAGGAAUUGGACCUGCCUGCGUGACGACCACCUGCAUCGUGCGCUAAGCGAAGCAAAAGACUUGAGACAUUUCACUUUUGACGCUUUCCACGAUGACAUGCAAUACGAUCAGUGCGUCGACAGGGGGACUCCUGAAUCCCGAGCCGUGUUUACGCCACUACGGACUUUUCUGCCUCUAGACCGGUGGGAGAGACUGCAGCACCUUGGCCUGUCCAACCUCCUUGUCCGCCAGGAUGAUCUGUUGUCGGCCGUGAACGAGCUCCCGUCUACCUUGACCUCGCUCGAGCUAAGCUUUCUCACCUUUCUUGACGGCGGAAGCUAUCACGGUUUUUUCGAAGACCUGCGCCAGAGUUCCAGCUGGCGUGCACGAUCUCCAAGACCCAAGAUCAUAACCAAUCACCGCAAAGACGAGACCUAUCGAUACUUUCACGUCGAGGACCAGGCCUACGAAUUCUUAUAUAAUGAGGGGGAGAACCCCUUUUCUGUGCCCCCCAGCUACAGGUGGACGCCUCUCCAGUUGGACGGGGGCAUUUUGCGUGAUCCGUUUGAUCCCGAACACGAUCGCCCAUAUACCCACGAUGCCAACCUGAUGCGUCUGGGCAUAAUCAAGGGGCAAGAUUCAAUGAUUGAAACGUAUGAAUGGUUGCAACGCAGAAAGCAAGAGGGCAAGAUUAUGCAAAUUCUGGCAGACACGGGUGCCAAAGCCUAUACCGAUACCGACGCCGCUGUCAAGUAUUUGACUUAUGGAAACCAGAGCUGGGUAUCAUAUGAUGAUGCCGAAACAUUUGCGGUUAAAAUCGAGUAUGCUGAGUAG